UCAAUAAUGUAGAGAUCACAGCCACAACAUACAUUUAAUGUACUAAAUAUGCAAGGAUUAAAUCUCCAAUUAAUUUUGUUUCUGAUAGGUUUCCUAAAUGAGUAUAACAAGUGCUAAUCAUGAUGAGGGUACGUACGUUUUAUAUUCCAAGAGAGGAUUCAAGAUCUAAUGCAGUGAAAAGAGAAAAUGUAAGAUUGCAGAAGCUAAGAUAUGAAAUUAAUAUAUUGGCUGCUUUGAAAAUGAAAAUAAGUGAAGAGCUUAUGACUGCAAAAGUAGGCAUAGCAAUGUUAGAAUGUGAUAUGGAGAAAAAAAGAACUGAAAUUUCAAAGAUAAGACAACAAAUUAAUAUAUCGAGGAGUAUGGAAAGAAUGGUUAAAAAUAAGAAGAAAGAAGUUAAUGAAAGUUAGGUUUUAUGGGACUCUACUGUGAUUAUGUAAAUUUGUAUAAAUAUCCACAUAAAGAAAAAUAUAUACACAAG